AUGGUCCGCGUGAGUGUGCCAGAAUCGGCAACUAACGUCGUCUCGACGGUCUCGUCAAUUCUUUUUGAAUUUGGUUUCACAGAACAACGAGCACCCGGCCGAGUGAUUGUAUUCGGAACAGACGAUGAAGCAUUUGAAGAGAUCGACUUCGAUUACUAUAGGAUGCGAAAAGUGCGGCUCAGUGACAUUAUCAAGGAUCGAAAAGCGUCCAUGGGUGCUCAAGUACUCGCUCUUUAUCGCUACAUCGCGAAAGUGGGUGGAAGUGACGAUAAUUUCGGCGUCGUGAUGGAUACUAUGAAUAACACAGAUAUUGAUGUGAGUCUUUAA